UCCCAGCCAGCGCCUCACCCAUACCAUGAAGUCUGUAGUUGAUGAGGACCUCAGUGAUGAUGUGGUCUCUGUCUGUGGUAUCCUGCUUCCUAAGCUCAGUGUAGAUGAUGACACCUCAAUGCCACUGGUGUUUCCAGAUAUUGUGCCGGUUCCCUCAACACAGAGGAACCUAAGAAGCUUAGCUUUAGCUGUGUCAUCUGGUAGUCCAGUCCUGCUCCAGGGUCCUGUUGGCAGUGGAAAAACCGCUUUGGUUGAAUACCUGGCAAAGUUGACUGGUCGCACUCGACCACAACAGAUUAUGAAGGUGCAACUUGGUGAUCAGACAGAUAGUAAGACUCUGCUUGGUACAUACAAAUGUACUGACGUCCCUGGCGAGUUCGUCUGGCAGCCUGGUACUCUAACCCGUGCCAUUACUGAUGGACAGUGGCUGCUCUUAGAGGACAUUGACUACGCCCCCAUGGAUGUUGUCUCAAUCUUGUUGCCCAUAUUAGAAUCGAGGACACUUUCCCUUCCUGGACAUGGCGAUACAAUUCAGGCUGCUCCAGGGUUUCAUCUUUUUGUCACCCAAAGGUUAAUGGGCAGUUCCAGUGGUUGGUACAAGCAGCACGGCUCCAAUGCUGGCCUACUGGAGAAGCUAUGGUCCACAGUCAUGGUUGAACCCUUGUCAAGGCAAGAACUGGAGAAAGUCAUUGUUUCAAAGUUCCCGAAGUUUUCCACUGUUGUGGAUCGUUUGCUUGAUGUGUAUUUCAUGGUGUCGUCUGGUCGUCAUGAGCUCUCUGGGGACACCAUGGAAACAGAUGUUGGUGAUACGAUUGGUCAGUUCUUGUCACAUGAUGGGAGACUUAUUUCAACAAGCUUCAAACCUAUGGACUUGAAACACGUCAUCUCGCCAGUCAGGGAAGACUUUGAGAUUCUCUUCUGCCAGUGCUUCUCCCGAAAGCAGAAUAUGACGUUCCUGGGGCAUCUCCAGGAAUGCUUUGCCAAGAGGAGAUGGAGUGACCUGGUCAAGCUCCUAGAACACCCGACACAACUUGCUGUCAAGAAGUAUGAAAACGAUCCAGGCUUGUCGAAAUUGUGGGUGAAAAUACAGAAACGCUUGCAGCAGCUGAAGUUGCAGGCGAAAUAUGCCGAUAGUGCCCUGGCAUUCUCCUUCAUUGAGGGCACACUUGUCAAGGCUAUGAAGUCGGGCGACUGGGUCCUCCUUGAUGAGAUCAACCUGUCUGCUGCCGAAACUCUUGAGUGUCUUGGUGGACUAUUAGAAAGUUCUUCAGGGUCACUGCUUCUGAUGGAAAGAGGAGAUACUGAACCUGUGGUUCGCCACAAGGACUUUCGUCUGUUCGCUUGUAUGAAUCCAGCUACAGAUGUCGGAAAGAAGGACCUGCCCGCUGGCAUCCGAAAUCGAUUCACCGAGCUAUACGUAGAUGAAGUCGAAGAUGAUAGUGACCUCAGGAUUCUGGUUGCUGAGUACUUGAAGGGAUUAUCCCUUACUGCUAAACAGAUAGAUGGGAUUAUCAAGUUCUAUCAGAUUAUCCGGAAUGAAGCCGUCAAGAAGCUAGUAGAUGGGACGGGACAUAAACCACACUAUAGUUUACGUACCUUGUGUCGUGCCUUACGCCAAGCUGCAAGUAACACAUAUGGGAAUGUCCUACGAUCUCUGUACGAAGGCUUCUGCUUUAGUUUCCUCACCCAACUCGACCGGUCGUCACACCCCAUCGUUGAGCAGCUCGUCUGUCAGCAUGUCGUCGGGAGGCAGAACGUCAAGAGCAUCCUCAAGCAUCCACUGCCCGAGCCAUCUAUUGGCACUUACCUGAAGUUUGAAGGCUAUUGGAUUCACCAAGGAACUGUCGAACCUCAUGUAAAUGAGAGUUACGUCUUGACGCCAUCUGUUAGAGCUAAUCUGAGGGAUUUGGCAAGAGUUGUCACAGCAGGGAAACAUCCAGUUCUGAUCCAGGGCGAGACAUCAGUCGGGAAGACCAGCUUGAUCAAGUGGUUAGCAGACGCCUCGGGCAAUCACUGCGUGCGGGUUAACAACCAUGAGCACACAGACCUCCAGGAGUACAUCGGAUGUUACGCGGCUGACGAACAUGGUAAACUGGUGUUCAAGGAAGGAGUGCUAGUAGAUGCCAUGAGGAAAGGGCAAUGGAUCAUCCUGGAUGAAUUGAACUUGGCUCCUACCGAUGUUUUAGAGGCUCUCAACAGGCUGUUGGAUGACAACCGAGAGCUUUUCAUACCAGAGACUCAGCAGACUGUCAAGGCACAUCACCACUUCAUGCUGUUUGCCACCCAGAAUCCACCAGGUCUUUACGGGGGUCGUAAGGUCCUGUCAAGGGCGUUCAGGAAUCGUUUCGUUGAGCUGCAUUACGAUGAACUUCCCAGUAGCGAGUUGGAGUUGAUUCUGCACCAGCGAUGUAAGAUGCCUAUGUCUUAUUGUAAGAAACUUGUGGCAGUCAUGCUGGAACUACAGACAAUCCGAAGAACGUCCAGUGUCUUUGCUGGGAAACAAGGAUACAUCACUUUACGUGAUUUGUUCCGCUGGGCUGAGAGGUACACCAAGGCGAGCAUUGCCAGUACUGCCUCGUUCUAUGACUGGGACCAGUAUCUCGCUGAUAGUGGUUACAUGCUGUUGGCCGGCAGAGUAAGAAAGCCCGAGGAAGCAAAGGUGAUUGUUACAGUCCUCCAAAAGCAUCUGAAGAGGAAGGUCAACCCAGCCGAUCUGUUCUCCACAGGGCAAAAGUCUCGGGACUAUGUGAGAGAUAUGAUGCAAGGUAUCAUGGGAGUUGCAGAAGAUGAUUUCAGACACAUUGUCUGGACGUCGAAUAUGAAGAGAUUAGCGGUGUUGGUUGGCCAGGCAGUCAAAUAUGGGGAACCAGUUCUCCUGAUUGGUGAGACAGGAUGUGGUAAAACGACGAUGUGUCAACUUCUGGCAACCAGGGCUGGAUUAACCCUCUAUUCCAUCAACUGUCAUCUUCACACAGAAAGUGCAGAUUUCCUGGGAGGACUCCGACCUGUUAGGAAUAGAGAGUCCAAGGAUGAUGAACUGCGAUUGUUCGAGUGGUGUGAUGGACCGCUGGUAACCGCCAUGAAAGAGGGCGCCAUGAUCCUGAUGGAUGAGAUCUCAUUGGCUGACGAUUCCGUCCUCGAGCGUCUCAACAGCGUCCUUGAACCCGAGCGACGUUUAUUGCUAGCGGAGAAAGGUGGUGGCGAUGGGAAGCAGAAUAAUGUCGAGGAGAUAACUGCGGCCGAGACGUUCCAGAUUCUGGCUACGAUGAAUCCUGGCGGAGAUUAUGGCAAGAAAGAGCUGUCACCAGCCCUAAGGAACCGCUUCACUGAAAUCUGGUGCCCACAGAGCACGGACUACGCUGACCUUGUUGAGAUCAUUGAGCAUAACCUGAAAUCGGGGAUCCACCUUGUCAACCAAGAAGAUGGCAGUAGUGGAAUUGGACGUGCCAUUAUGGACUUCGUUCAGUGGUUCUCAAAUAACGAUAUCGGGAAAAGAUGCACAGUCAGUAUUCGGGACUUGCUGUCCUGGGUCAAUUUCAUUAACGUAUGCUCCAAGACCAUCAAAGAUGACAGUGAGAUGGACACAAAUACCUCCUGUCCUAAACUAGAGCCUGCCGUCGCCUACAUUCAUGGAGCAUGCUUGGUCUUCAUCGAUAGCCUGGGAUCAGGUGUGACAAGUGCCAGCAACUCACAUUUGACUGAGGAAACACGGAAGGCCUGUAUGCAGUUCCUGAUCAACCAACUCCAACAGAUGACCCACACGACCUUUGAUGUCGCCACGCUCUAUGUCGACUCAACAUAUAGGGAAAUUGUUGACAGUUCAACUCAUUUUGGAAUCCUGCCCUUCUAUGUCCAGAAAGGCCAAAAUAGAACCACCCUCCCCUCGGACUAUGCUGCAAAUGCACCAACAACAUCCAAGAACUUGCAGCGUCUGCUCCGAGGCCUACAGCUGCACCGGCCAUUGCUUCUGGAAGGCUCUCCUGGUGUAGGGAAGACUAGCCUUGUCUCGGCUCUGGCCAAGGCUGCGGGACAUGAACUGGUCAGGAUCAACCUUUCAGAUCAGACUGAUGUUUCAGAUCUAUUUGGUGCUGAUCUACCUGUCGAAGGGGGUGAAGGUGGACAGUUUGCUUGGAGAGAUGGCCCGUUACUGAAGGCCCUGAAAGCAGGACAUUGGAUUGUACUGGAUGAGUUGAACCUUGCUUCCCAGUCUGUGCUGGAAGGAUUGAAUGCCUGUCUCGAUCACCGAGGAGAGGUCUAUGUACCGGAGCUAGGCAGGACGUUCAACGUUGACCAUGAGAAGACGAGGUUAUUUGCCUGUCAGAAUCCUCUCAACCAGGGAGGGGGAAGGAAGGGUCUGCCACGCUCCUUCCUUAACAGAUUCACUCAGGUUUAUGUCGAGCCGUUAUCACUUGAAGACCUUCUCUUCAUCACCACUUCCAUAUAUUCCCUGAUACCAACAUCGAUACUUUCAAAUAUGGUGGAUUUCAACACGAAGAUGUAUGAGGAGACAAUGGUGACCUGCCAGUGGGGACAACGUGGCAGUCCAUGGGAGUUUAACCUGCGCGACAUCUUCAGAUGGUGUGAUCUACUUGUGCAGAAUCAAACAAGCGACUCCUUCAGUCCAGGGGAAUAUGUGGGUCUCAUCUACACUGACAGGAUGCGCACAGCUGCUGACAAGGAAAAGGUAUCCAAGCUAUACCAAGAGGUGUUUGGUCCGAGCCACCCACUCAACAAGCCAACAAGCUACACAGAAAUUACAAGCACGUUCAUCCAAGUUGGCCACUCUAUACUCGAAAGGGAUGAGAGUGGAUUUUCUACCGUUGAUCAUCAGUCUUCUCUCCAGUUGCUUCAUCAUGACUUGGAGCCUCUUGAAGCCAUUAUGAAAUGUAUUCAGAUGAACUGGAUGGCAAUACUGGUUGGCUCUUCAGCAAGUGGAAAGUCUUCUUUGGUGCAGGUCCUGUCUCAGUUGACCAAUCAUAAACUCCACACGAUCGCCAUGAACAGCUCCAUGGAUACGACUGAACUCCUGGGUGGAUUUGAACAGGCUGAUAUUGGUCGCCACAUUUCCGAUGUAUCAUCCAAAGUUGAAGCGGUGGCAAUGUCCUGUUGCAGGCAGCUGUUGCAGCACCAGAAGCCCUCAUCGUCUGCCUCCAUCAUGAAAGCCUGGUCAGAGAUGAAGGAGGGAUCACAAACAGUGAAAAGUAGUUCAAGUGUUGAAGAAUUGGAGGGAAUGAGAGAACGUCUGUUCAGAUGUGAGAGACUCCUGCACCAUGUGGAAGAGGCUUGUCAGAAGUUCAGCCUCCUAGUCUCCGAUGAAGCCUCCACACUGAAGAAAGAGCUUCUGGCUUUGAAGAAAAAAGUCGAUGGGAAAGGUUACAGAAGUGGCGGUGGUGGUCAGUUUGAAUGGGUUGAUAGUGUCCUUGUCGAGGCCCUCAAGAAUGGUGACUGGCUACUCAUCGAUAACGUCAACUUCUGCAGUCCCUCUGUACUCGACCGAUUGAAUGCCCUCCUGGAACCAAAUGGCAUCUUGACUAUCAAUGAGAGAGGGGUCAUCGAUGGGGAGAUUCCUUCAGUUAAGCCACACCCAGACUUCAGAUUGUUCCUGGCUAUGGAUCCAAAACACGGUGAAAUAUCACGGGCGAUGAGGAAUCGUGGAAUUGAGAUUUGCAUAUUGGGGGAAAGUGAGGGAUGUGCAUAUGACACCCAUGAUGUCCAGCGGAUGCUACACAGUCUAGGAUUCGUCGGCAAGCAUCCAUGCGAUAUUCUCCUGCAGAUACAAGCUGAACUCCAGACCUACUGCUAUAUGACUGAGCACUACACCAUAGUUGACCUGCUACACGCGGCUCGGCUUGCAGUUCAGCAGUUGGAGAGAGGAGAUAAUCUGCAGGCGGCGAUGUUGAAUGCCUGCAAUGAUGUUUACAUCAAAAGGCAGAAGGAGUUCAGCAGACGACAGGAAGUCCGCGAGAUUAUUGAAAGUCACAUCCUCAAACUGGAGGCCUUGAUGUCCGAUUCAGAAACUGAAAAGUCGGCAUUAAUGGUACCAGGCGUCUGGCCAGAUGUUAUGCCAUCAGUGAGCAGUUCUGCUGUGGACCCAGCCCUGGCAACCAUCCACCAGCAGAGCGUUCCCUUGUUACACCAGAUCAACCAGUACCUACUCAUGAAUCAAGCAAAGACACAGUUUCCACUCAAAUAUUCUGCAAUGAGUGGUUCAAAGUCUGUAACCAGUACUCUGGACAUGGAGUCAGUCAAGGGAAUCCAAAAGUCCAUCAAAUUUGCUGCCGAGAUAUUCACUGAACUUGCCACCUUUAGCGAUUGGAAGUUACGUUCUGAUUGGUUGCUCUCGACCUUGAAGAGACGCGUCUCCCCGGAAAGCAUGGGUCUGGUGAAGCAAAUCACCGAUGUAGUCGAGUCAGGUCUGCAGGUUGUCUUUGCUGGCCCGUUAAUCGAGAAGCUUCAUGUGGAUGUUGCGUCGGCUGAAAGUCCGCUGGAUGUGCGAUGGAAUCCUUUGAUGAGAGAGAAACUGGUGAAAAGUCAUCCUCAGAUUUACGAAGAUCUGGAGUCCUAUCUGAACCAGUCACAUCUACUGAAAAAGAUCCAGCAAGCCUGUGUGCAGUCAGUUAGUGUCAAGAAACACCAGAGUAUGUCUUUCAUUGAAUUGUCGGCUGCUGUUCAACAAGGAGUUUUGAGUGCUAGUUCUCUUCCGAGUCCAGUCCUAGUUCAUCUCUAUCCUUUCCUGCAAGCAUUUGAAGAGGAAUUAGUCAAACUAGUCUCAAACAAAAAUGUCACCAUCACAAAUGAUGCACUGCAAAAGUUGCUGGUCUCCCUAUCAUGGAAACAACAAUUCAUCGAUGUAUGCAGCAUUCAGGUCAAGGGAAGAGGAGCAGCUCAGCCUCUCUUAGCAGAGUUGGCUCUCCACUGGAACUGGUUACAAAAUAAGACAUUUGCAAGUUUCUUCCAGCAUGUCAGUCCCUCACCAGGCCUUCAGAGCAUCAUCACAAGACUUCAAGAGGUCCUGGGCACAGAUGACAGGGCAUCCAAACUGCACCUCAAACUCUGGUCAAGCUUCGGCCACCCAAGUGGGUUCACAACUCAAGAGAUGGCGGAAUUGGUCCUCCAGGGGGAGGAGCUCAGUGAUGCCCUGAGUGUCGAGAUGGCCAGGGAUGUGUUUGCAUUGGUUGAGUAUCUGAGAGGAGAGGGUCGACAGAUCAGGAAGGAUAUGCUCAAUAUCAUUAUUGGUGUGAUGGAGAAAGCUGACCAAGAAUUUGUACAAGAGAAUUUCCAGGGAAUGUCCUCCCAACUCACCGCAGCUGGGUUCUACAAGCCGACACCUGGUGGCGAUACUGUGAAGGCUGUUCCCCGUUGCGUUCUAUCAAUGGUCCCCCUGGUCACAUACCUGUCCCUGUUACAGGAGAAGUGUGUCAUGGUGAAGAUGUUGGAAGGAGAGAGUGAGGCUUACAUCCAGAAGUUCCUCAUGUACUCCUUGGUUCAUGAUGUGACCCCAGUGAGGCGUCUGGUUCCCUACCAAGCGUUGCUGAAUGCUGAGGAUGGCCAACACUGGGAGCACUUUUCAGGGUUGUUGCUCUACCAUAUCCAACACAUGUUCCACAGCACUUACACCAGCCAGCUGUUGGACUGGGUCACGUGGAAAGACCCUGGUGGAGAAAUGCAGGGAGAGGAGAGGCCUAUAGUUCAGGGCCCUGGUUCCCUUCAGACCUGCCAGCUGAGUUAUGCCAUCAUGAGCCUUCAUGCCAGCACCGACACCAAGCUCACUGGGAAAGAUGACGGGUCAACAAUCUGUCAAAUGUCCGUGCCACUGGGAUUAGCUGCUGAGAAAGUAAAACAGUUUGGAAACAUGGCUAAGAUGUUGUGGACUCAUGUAGAGAUGUUGUCUUCAGAGGAUCGAAGUCCAAGAAGUAUGGACAUCAAGCUCAUCCAAGAAGUGUUCUCCCACCUCCUGCAAGCGCUAAGGUCCCUUUUACCAGUGGAGAACAUUCCAGCGACAGAAAUACUCGUCGAACUCUCGAAGUCCAACAUCCUCCCAGAAGUUGUGAUGCAGAUCCUCACAUCAUGUUCCGAGAUGGUCACAACCUUGAAGGCUGGUGAUGAGAAUGUUUUGGUGAAGCUUGGAGAAGUGUGGGCAAAGAUUGGAUUGGUUCAGACGCAUUUGUUAUCGCCGACAGGGCCAGUGGACCCUGUGCACAAGGUUGCUGUGAGAUAUAGAUAUAUCAAGGAGGAGAUCGGUGACAUCGAGAAGGAGCUUGAAGUGCGACGUUGGGCAUGGAUGUUAUGGACAGGGAAAGAGUUCACAGAUGAAGCACUGAGUGCCCAGCAUCCCAGGUUGGCCAACCUCAUCGCUAGAAGGGACUUGUUGAAGAACAAGGCUGAAGUGCUGGCUGACAGGCUUGCUCUUAGGCCUGAACCGUCACAGUUCGGUGGUAUUCUGCAGUAUGCCCAUCAGUUCCUGACAACCGUCUGCUCAAUGGAGACAGUUAUCGCCACACUUGACAAGCUAAGCUCCGCAAUGACCGACUUGAAGGAUCCAAGUACAGAUGCAUCAUGGGUACAGAACCUUCUCAUCCAAGAAUCUUCAUGGCAGGCAUCCAUUGAACAGUACAUCAAGAAGAUGGAGAUCGAUUACCCUCUCUAUAGGGACCUGUUGGUACCAUACAUCGCGGGGAUAGCCCAAGUCAGCUAUGGUGUCAGGUUGGUCCGUCAUGCUGUGGAGGUGCAGUGGAGGCAAUGCCAGUUGUACGCAGAUCUGCCACAGAUUGUCGAUGUUCCUCUUGAAGACAUGAUAUCCAACCUCACCAAGUUUCCUACAUUAAGUUCGAAUACAGCAACAUUUCUUGUGGCGACAGAACAACUGACAUCGCAACCAGUAUCAGCUCUUGUCAAACGUUUCUCGAAGGUGCCUGGACAGGAUAUAGCAAAAGUUUGGAAAUCUGCUCUCCUGCAUGCCAAGAACCAUGCCGUCAUCUCAAAUGACCUUGACCCGUCAAUCUCAUCGACCUUGAACUUGAUCUUCGACUUCUUCUUCACCUCCUGGCAAGAAGAGGAGGUUGCCCGGCAACAGAUGGAAGAAGAGAAAGCGAGUCUGUACAAAUACAAGGCCACCACUCAUGGGGAUGAGAGAAAUGAGGAGGAGAGGGAACUUGAAGAUAUUCAUGACAACUUCCCGUCAUUUGACAAGGAGUUUGCUGACAUUGUAAAUGAAGACAACUUAGAGAACCAAGCACAGGCAGCAGCAGACGACACUCAAGAAGAUGCCACGUUAUCUGCAGAGGCACAUAUGACUCCACAGGACAUGGCAACUGUUGCCAACGUACACAAUCUCAUUUACACCCACCUGGUCAAGGGAAGUUGGUUAACUGUGCAGCAGAUAGAUCAGAAAGGGUUGAAUGUGGUAGAACCGGUGACGUUAGGACAUCAGGUGGCACAGACUUUGGUUCAGAGCAUGGUCAGAUAUCUUGAUGUGACUCUUGACAAAGAGUUACUCGGCAGCCACCUGUUGGUCAAUAAACUGAUGCAAGAUGCAGUACAGGCAGGAACGAAGCUAGGAUUCUCUGCCAAAACCUCACAGAAACCAUAUGACAUCUAUCAUGAUGCUAACACCUCGGAGGUCAUGCCAUGUCUGAUGGUACUCGACAGGAUGUUGGCGAAACUGAAUGAGUUACUUGAAUCAUGGCCUGAUCAUCCAACACUGAAACAGCUCAUCCUGAUCAUACAGAGGAUCAAGUCAUUCUCGGUCACACAGCCCUUGAUGAAGUUUGUCACCGGUCUGGAGGUGUUACUGCAGAAAGCCCAGGACUGGGAGUCCAUCGCUGCUCGCCACGUCUCCCUUAUGUCAAACCUUGAAGAGGUCACACAACUUGUCAUCAACUGGCGGAAACUUGAGCUCAAGUGCUGGAACAGGUGCCUUGACAUGGUCGAAUGGCGGAUGAAGGAAGCAGCCAGUAAGUGGUGGUUCCACCUUUAUCAGCUCCUGUCCGGCUACGUCGCAGAAAAAGACGAGUGGUCCGAGAACGGCGAGAAGAAACUUAUCGAGGCCUUGAAGAAGUUCAUAGAGAUGGCACCACUGGGCGAGUUCAAGACGCGGCUGGAUCUUCUCUUUGCAUUCCACUGUCAAUUACUUCAUGAGCCGUCUACUCCAGUGCAAGACAAGGCCAUUCGGAUUCUCUGGAACAUUUUCAAGUUCUACAGCCAGUUCACUGCCAAUCUUGAUGCGAAUGCAGCCAGACAGCGGACACCUAUUGAGAAAGACCUCAAGGGCUUUGUCAAGAUAGCAAGAUGGAACGACGUGAACUACUGGGCAGUGAAACAAGCCACAGAGAAGACCCAUCGAACUCUUCACAAGAACAUCAAGAAAUAUCAGGCGAUCCUGAUGCAACCGGCAAAUAGGUUCUUCAUUGAUAAAGAGGAGAAACAUGAUGAGAGUUCACAGUCACAGCAGACAGGGGUCAAGGUCAUGCUGUAUUUGACACCAAAGGAUGCCAUGGGCGUGAAUGAGGUUUCCGUGCCAGAAGGUAGCUCGGCCACUCCAUCAUUCUACCAAAAGAUGUGUCGCCUCAGUAAGAAGAUCAUCAAGAAAGUACCCUACACAAAUUUGGUGGAGUCGGUCGACUUCUUCGUCGGAGAUGUGAUAGAGAGUGUGCAUGAGCUUCAGGCGCUUGAUGUGACGCAGAUAAGUGACAAAGACAAGCAGAAGUCAGAGGCUAAGCUGAUCCACCAGAGGAAGAGGAAGGGCCUAGCAGACUUGUUCAAGGCACUGAGCGACCUGGGGCUGUCCUACAGGAAGGGCCUCAUGGCUGUCAAAGAUGCUGAUGAAGUACAGGAGAUGACUGUGCCACCUGUUGAUCUCCAGGCAACACUGAAUAACAUGGAAAGCCAGGGAUGUGAUGAGGAUUUGGUGCAACUGUGGCCAGGGUGUGAUCACUACCUGUACAAGUCCGUGGCCAGGAAGGCGUUGAUGAAGACUGCUAUGGAAUCGCCAUCAAAGGAGCUUGGCCUGCCAACCAUAGAGAGAUGCCGUGGCUUCACGGAGCAUCUGAUGCUGCUCAUCAGGAAUCAGAGGAAACAUAUAGCAGAUGCAGUGGAGCCGUUUAUGCAACUGAGGCAAUGCGCAAGCGAGUUCCAGUCAUUGAAAACCUCCAAGCCUGGACUUCCCCCUCAGACACAAACACUUGAAAUCAGGUCUGAACUCCAUGGUCUUCUUGUCCAGUGUAUCGAGUGUUUCCAGCAGUACCAUGUCCUGCUACGCUGUAGUCCUGAUGCCAGCUUCCCCACAGAAACGCCUCUUGUCAAACUAUCACCGAUGGCCCUGGUGACACUGGGAGAUGAAACAUGGACUGAACUGGAACAGACCAUGAGUGGGCUACUGAAUGAGGUCUACGCGACCAAGGCUACCUUAGACAGCCUGCCAAGCUCUGGCCUUGUCUCAUGGUCAGUGGUUGAGAGCAUAGAGAAAGCAUACCAGACUAUAUCUAAUUGGACAGCCAAGAUCUCCUCUAUUGUAAACGUUUGUGGGGAGGAGAGCAGUGUCUUCACAGAGUCGCUCAUGUUCGUCGGGGAACAGAUAUCACAAGCGUGCCAAAGUUUCACCUCCUGGUUGGAAUCCAUCAACACAGCCUCUCAGAGCCCGGAACCAACUGAAGAACCUCUAACACGAUUUGAAGCCAAAGUUGAGAAGCUUGUGACCGCCAUCCUCCUAGUCAUUCAGAACCUCUUCAAAGCACAAGUCUUGGAGAAGGAAGAUGAGGAGAAAGACAAGGAGGAGGAUGCAGAAUUUGACCUUGGAGGUGGAAAAUUUGUUGAAGUAACACAAACAGUCUUAGCCAGUGACAUGAAGGUCCUAAACAUGAAGAAGAUCACCCGUUCCAUCACCAAACUCAAGAAGCAUGUGAUGGCAGUAUCGGACACAGACAGCUUUCAAGCCUCUGCGUACUCCUCUAAACUGAUGACCAUUGUACCAUUCCUGUCCCAGUACACCAAGCUUGUCCAGUUCUACCUGACACAGCAAGUGGCCACCCACAGAGCAACCUGUAAAAUGUUGUCAGUUCUGCUUGGAAUCUUCUCAGAAUUGGCCCAGAAGGGUUUCUGCCUGCCUGCUGAAUUCUCUGAUGAAAUCGGGGGUGAGGGAUCAACCAAGUUUGAGGAUAUAGAAGGCGGUGGACUUGGCGAGGGUGAGGGACAGAAAGAUGUCAGCGACCAGAUCGAGAACGAGGACCAACUGGAGGAUACGUACAAGGAAGGUGAGGAGAGGAAGGAGGAGGACACCAGCCAGCAGCCGGACGUAGAGUCGGAGGAAAAUGCCAUUGAGAUGAGUGAGGAGUUUGGUGGCAAGCUGCAGGAUGUUGACCAGCAGGAAGGUUCUGGUGAAUCUGGUAGUGAAGAUGAGGAGGAUGACAUUGAUAAACAGAUGGGCGAUGUGGAUCAGAAAGAGGCGGAGAAGCUCGAUGAGAGGAUCUGGGGCAGCGAUGAUGAAGAUGAUCAGACAGAACAGAAAGAGGAAAAAGAAGAGGAAUAUGGUCCAGGUGCCGGUGAGAGGAGUGAGAGUGAGCUCGUGGCUGCUGAGGAUAACAAGGAUAAGACCAAGGGGGACGAGGAGCAGAAGGAAGGACAGAAAGAUGAACAGAAACACGAAGAGAAGAUCAAUAACAAGGAUGAAAUAGAUGAGACUGAAUAUGAUGAGAAUGAAGCUGACCCCUACUAUGGUAAAGAAGAAGAGAAGCCCCCAGAAGGUCCUGAUAUGGAACUGCCUGACAACAUGGAGCUGGAUGAUGAGGAGGGUCAGGAGGGGCAAGAAGAAGGGGAGAAAGAAAAUCCUCAUGAUAUUGAUAAAAUGGAUAUUGGUGAUGAUGGCGAGACAGAGGACAAGGAGCCUGGGGAGCAGGACAUGGAGACUGACGGCAAGGAAGAAGAAGGUCAAGGUGAAGAUGAUGACGAUAAAGGUCAGGAGGUUCAAGGUCAAGAAGAGGAAGGUCAAGAUGAUGAAGCUGAAGGUCGUGAAGAGCCAGGGACUCAGGAUGAUGAGGAUAAUGCCCAGGAGAUACCUGAGAGAGAAAAGGAGGAAGGUGGUGAACAAAGGGGUGACCCUGCCCUUGAACCUCAACCCACGGAAGAGGCCACAACACCCGAGGGAGAAGAAAAGGCAGACGAUGUCCCCAUGGCAGCAGAGAAUUAUGGGAAAAAAGAACAUGAUACCCAGAACGCGCAACAGAGUGAAGCAGCCCAGGACCAAGCUGGGAAGAGUGACUCGACGGAGGACCAGGAGGGUGUGGGGACGGCAGAGACAGAAGAUCAGAGUGGACAUGAAGGGCAGACCACAACACAUAUGGCAGUUAAUGCUCCUGCCCAAGGACAAAACAAGCCCAUUCGCAGACAGCCAGGAAAGACUGAGGCAGACCGUAGUCUUGGCUCGGCAGAGGAGAAGAUCAAACAAAGACUUCAAACGGUGGACACCCAGGAUUCACAGGACACGAAAAAGGAGAGUGCCGAUGACACUAGUGACCUCUAUGAACACAUCAAGCAGACUGACCAGCAUCACGAUGCCCAGACCUUGGAUGCAGCCACUGCCGAGCAGAUGGAGGAGCAGCCACGAGCUGACUUGGAGGGUGACAAGAUGAAAGAUGACGAGGAGGAUGUACACAUGCAUGAAGACGAGGAUAAGGAGACCCAGAAAAAUGAUCAAGAGCUGAAACCAGUUUCGACCAUGAAACCAUCCAAAUCCUCCUUGAUGCAAGGAGAAGAGGCUGAAGCAGACGAGGAGAAAGACAUGGAAUGCGUUGUCGAGGGUGAGAAGGUCCCAACCAUGGCCGUGCAGAGGGGUUACGAGUCCAGCAUGCAUACGGCUAUGGACGUGUUCAAUGAGCAGGUUGAUGAUGUUGAUAAGCUGCGUGAAGAACUGGAGCAGCAACUGGUUGUUUGGUCACACCCUGCAUCUGAGAGCUUGGAGCAGCAAAAGCUAGCUGAGGAAGCCUGGCAUCGAUACGAGAGUCUCACUGGUAGCCUUGCCCAAGAGUUGUGUGAACAACUGCGGCUGGUGUUAGAACCAACCCAGGCAACCAAACUAAGAGGUGAUUAUCGCACCGGCAAGAGACUAAACAUGCGUAAAGUGAUCCCUUACAUAGCGAGCCAGUUCAGGAAGGACAAGAUCUGGUUGAGACGGACCAAGCCGAGCAAGCGGCAAUACCAGAUCAUGUUAGCAGUAGAUGAUUCAUCAAGUAUGCUGGAUAAUCACUCUAAACAGCUUGCCUUUGAAUCCCUCUCUGUUGUUGCCAAUGCGCUGACAUUGCUAGAAGCUGGCGAACUCUCCGUCUGUAGUUUUGGUGAGACCAUGGAGCUGUUACAUCCAUUCCAUGAGCCGUUCACGAGUCAGUCAGGUGCUAGGCUGCUCACCAAGUUCACCUUCGAACAAAAGAAGACCAGGAUUGCUCAGCUUUUGAAGGAUGUGACCAAAGUGAUGCUGAAUGCCCAGUCAAGCCAGAGUGGAGGUCGCUCCGGUGAUGUGUCACAGCUCCUAAUGAUUGUAUCAGAUGGCCGCGGCCUGUUUCUCGAGGGGAUGGAUGUCGUAAAGAAUGCUGUGAGACAAGCGAGACACACAAAUAUCUUCACCGUCUUCAUCAUUAUUGAUAAUCCAGAAAACAAGGAUUCCAUCCUUGACAUAAGAGUGCCGGUCUUCAAGGGUGCGGGCCAGCUUCCAGAGAUCAAGUCCUACAUGGACCACUUCCCAUUUCCGUUCUAUAUUGUACUCCGAGACAUCAAUGCACUGCCUCAUAUUCUCAGUGACGCUCUAAGACAAUGGUUUGAAUUGAUUACAGCAGUGGACACAUGAUUGUAAAGUGAUCAAAAAGGAUAUUUUGUGUUGUGGACACUCAUUGACAGACAUUCACUGCUUGCGAUAGCCAUGGAUAGACGAUAAAGAAAUGAACAUUUAGGAUAUUCUGUUCAGUAUGUUCGGUGGACAUUCAUGUAGAGACAUUCACAAUCACUAACUUCAUCAGUUAAUUAGGGGCAGUAUCCAUUGGGCAUUUACCUACCUCUGCCAUAGCAAUACUGUCUACUUGAUCAGAGUUUGUAGUUGAUGUACUAUAAAAUGUAGAUGAAAAUGUUUUAUGAAAUGGUCUUUAAUUGUGUGAUCUUGGUUGGUGAUUUCAGACAUGGGAUAAGUGCAAAGGUUAGCAAUAGAUGCACUGGACACAGAAGGCACCAAAUUCGAAACAACUUUGAAAGCAACAGGUGUGAUCCUGAUUUAAUCUGAUUUGAGCAUCAACUAUCAACUGAGAAAUUUUCUCAGCAGUCAAACUUAAGACUGUCAAAACCUCAGUAGUCAGGAAUGGCAGUCUUUGAUGACCUACUGAACUACAGAAGGCACAUGUCAUAUUAGAAUUGAGGUUACUGUUGGGUUAAAGUGUGGAAAUAUUCCCCUUAUAAAUAGACCUUUAACACCUUCAGCACCGAACCACGUCGAUCUCCGUGGCCCAAAUCCCCCCUCUUUGAGCUGGUUAUUGGAGUCUCAUGGACUUCAUGAAAGAACUACGCCAUCGCCAUCUUCAGGUCAAGGUAGGAACUGAAAAGACCAAACCACUGAAUAACAAAAUAAAGCUGUUCCGACACCGUGAAUUUUUAGGGGGGUCGGGCGGGGGGGGGGUGGAAAAGGGUGUCUUUUUGGUCAUAUUUCAACCAUAAAGUAAGAUGUAAGAUAUAGAAAAGGAGUGUAGCAAACAUAACUCUAUUGAUUCAAGAAGACCUUGUCUUGGAGAAGUUACUGCAAAAGACCUUAUGCAGCCAUCUCUUUUACUUUUCUUCUUCUGGGGUCUGAAAAGGGGGUGUUUGGGGGUGAAACACUGGCGCUGAAGGUGUUAACGAUGCUGAAGUUCAAUUUUCGGACUGCUCAUACCAAAGCUAUGAAGAAGAGCCUCUAAAACUACUGUAUGCUAAAGGCUGACCCUUGAGUUAGAUUAAUAAAGGUUUGGAACGAAGACUGUGCAGACAUCUGACAGACUUUCAAAAUGCAAGUGUUCACCUUCCAUGACAGGCUCAGUAAUUUAAUUGGUAAGAUGUUUUUUCCUUCAAGAUCAUACAAAACAAAUAUUGGAGCCUGAAUAGAGAGAGUGACUGAUUGUAAAAAAUGUAACAAUGAAAUCUUUCCAUGAUUAAAAGGCGAUAUCACUAGCAUCGGCACUUCAUUGUAUGCAGAAUUUUAACUGUGAUACAUUUCUAUAUGUCACAAAGGAAAACUUGUAUUUGUUGAAUAAUUUACCAAAAAAACAUGGUUUUAUUCUA